UGCAGUGCAUAUUGCACUACAGCAAAGACUGGAUCUCUGGCAACGGUCGGAGUUGAGCUUCCUACGUAACGUUUAACUUUAGCUAACUAGCUAAAGUUACACCACACAGAACAAUUAUUAAAACAAAUAUUUUGUUACACGUUACGUUGUCUAAUAACAGAGAGGACGAGGUAAAAAUUAGAGGCCUAAUUCGGCGGGAAGUCCGUACGGCAUGAAGCUUUUUUUUCGCCAACCAAGCAAGGAGUUUUUGUAUGGAGGUCAAUAAGCGUCGAAUUUGGGCAUAAAAAAGUUGAUUGGAAGUUUUGUAAUGGUCAUAGGUUGUUACGAGUGUACUGGCAUAAGUAGGACACGUGACAAACCAGCAACUCAGCGAGAGAACCAUCGGUAGUGGUCUCGAAAUGGCUGUACAUAUUUAUAGCAUGAGGCCUAGUAGCAUAGCAUCUCACUCAAUUGUUAGGGCAAGAGACAAGUAUCUUGUCAGUAUAUCCAUAAUCUUUGCUAAUUUAAUAGUUUAUCCACUAUGAUAGUCUUUGGCGUAACUAUGAUUACGUUAGUUCUAGAGUGCAAUAGCAAAGACAGUACAGUAUAAAGAUGGACAGAAACUGCUUCUCCUAUAGAAAUCCCCGAUCACGCUUGGAAGCUAUGUCAAUGUGACGUUGGCUAGCUAUGCCGCGUUCAAAACAACUCGGAACUGGUAACUCAGUAAUUUCUGACUUCAGUGUGUUCAAAGCAAUUGGGAAACCGGAAAUAGACAAGCUUCGACUGGGAAUAUCGUUUUAAAUUGUCAUCCAACUCGGGAACUCUGGUUUAUUUGUUGAGAUCCGAAUUGAAGAUUACCGAUUUCAUAAUUUCAACCUCGUAUUUUUAUCUGUUCCCAGUUGUCUUGAAUGCACCAUUAAGCUCAUCGGGUCUAAUGGUCGUCACACCUAACUGCGCAUGUGCAGGCCGUCAACUCAGACACUCCUUCAAUAUAAACGUGUCAGUUUAUAACUUUCAGGAGGUCUGAUUAAUAACAUGUUCAGCUACUUAAAGGAACAUUUACUCUACUCUUAAGGUAUCAGCAGUCAAAGUAUUGGACCUUUGAGAAGCAGUGUCAUCGGUGUUGUGCCUUUUAGAUUUUGAGAAAAGGAACUAAAGAAUAAUUUUUCACUUGUCUCAUUGACCAUGUUUACAUGCACACCAAUGUCCUGUUAUUAUUCGGGAUACUCGAAGUGUUCUGUUUUUAAAUUGACAUGUAAACAGCAUAUCCCGUUUACAAUAUCACGGUUAUGAGAAACCCGGACAAGAUGCCUGGUAUAUGCUGAUACUGUGGCAUGUUAACAUCGUACCCCGUUUUGAAUAUCAUGGGUGUUGUGAUGUUUUCAAACAAUCUGGACUGUAUAGCCUACUGGCUACUUUCAUGCCUAAUUUAGACAACUUUCUGCUUAUAAUUUCUGCCAUUUGCUAGGCCAUAUUAUAAUUUUCAGACAUUGAUUUAUUCAAUAAAUGUUCCUUUUGUUCGAUACUCUCUCUUUAUAUCCGAAAACCUCUCUUUUGUUCACGCGUUUUCUUCGGUAAGCCACAGGCUCAAACACAGUCACAACAGGCAGACGACAAAUCCAAAUUGUAUCCGUAAAGUUCAUAGAAACAUGUCAAACGAUGUUUAUUUUCAAUCGUCAGGUUUUUAGCCUAAAUAAUCGAUAAUAUUUCAACCAGACAUUAACGUUUUCAAUAUAAAAGGUAAACAAGAAAGGCACUCUCUCGGUCGUGCUCAUGAAAAAGCUCUGACACGGCAGGGUCCACUCAUUCAGACUGCUCUUACUCCCUCAUUUUUCAGAAUACAAGCCUGAAACAAUUUCUAAAGACUGACAUCAAGUGGAAGGCAUAGGAACUGCAAUUUGAGUCCUAAGUCAAUGGUUACUGUAAUGGCAUUGAAUAGAAAACUACAAAAAAAUCCUACUUCCUGAAUGGAUUUUUCUCAGGUUUUCGACCUGCCAAAUCAGUUCUGUUAUACUCAGACAUUAUUUUAACAGUUUUGGAAACUUUAGUGUUUUCUAUCCAAAUCUACUAAUUAUAUGCAUAUUCUAUCUUCUGGGCCUGAGUGGAAGGCUGUUUAAUUUGGGCACGCUUUUCAUCCAAAAUUCCAAAUGCUGCCCCCUACCCUAGAGAAGUUAAGCAGACCAGUUUGGGGUUUGAGAAGUCAGUAAGGGAAGUGAGAAAUUCUAACAAAUCUAGCCACAACCUAGAUUUGAGUUAAUGUUUUCAGUAAUUGAACAUGUUAUGACUCCAACCUUGUGAAAGUGACAAACUGACAAGUUUUAAUUUGAGUCAAAAACAUCUUUAUCGGAGUGCUUUUGAUUUGAUGGCCUGCACAUGCGCAGUAUGGCUUGAGACGACCGUUAGGUCCGAUGACGUUUCUGCGCAUGUACCUAGCUAGCCAAUGUCGCCAUGCCAUCGCCUAGAAGCGUGAUCGGGGAUUUCUAUUGUCUUCAUGCUGUACAGUCUUUGGUAAUGUCAUCUUUUUGUAGGUACGAACACCGCCAUGGUUCGUUUGGACAAAGUCUAUGGGGAAAUGAAUGGAGAUUUUUGUCGCGUUUUUGGAUAAACGCCAAAAGUUAGGUCUAUGGUAAACGCAGGCUUAUGAGUUCUUAUACGUUUUGUUCAGUGAGAGAGUCUUCAUCAGGUAACAACUUUUUGUGAAUUUUGAAGCAUUUAUCAGAAAAAUCACAAAGGCUUCAUAGUUCAUGAAGGUCAGGUUAACCAACGACUAUGUCAUAGAACAAAACCUAUAAGAUCUCCUAAGCCUGUGUUAACCUCAGCCCUUUUUUUCUGUGUUCAUUCCAAAACCCUAUUCUUUCCCCAUAGGAAUGGCUGAACGAACCAGAGCUUUGCACAAUUAUGAAUCUUGUAACAGGGGAGGCUAUUAGGAAAAUCUGCCAACUAUUCCUAGUGGCCUCCUCAAGUUUACAUAAUGAGAACAAUAAAUUGAAGACCAAGGUGGAGCAGAUGAAUGAAGAUAUGAAGGCAUUGACUGAGAAGGCUGAACAUUAUAGAGCAUCACUGGCUAAAAUGCAGACACAAGCAGAACCGAAAGGACCCACGCAUAUUCUGCUUAAUGGAAUGAUUUUUGCAAUACCACCAGUUGGUCUCCCAAUAUUGUCUGGAAUGACAGCGACUUCAACAUUGCCAGGGAAUGUCAGUCAAGCAAACCCAGUCACGAACGCCAUGUCAGUCUCUGCAGGUCCUGCAAAGGUUUGCAGUAAACCCACAGAGAUGUCUUCAUUGGAGAAUGACUCCUCUCUGGGAGACACAGAUGGACUGAAUACAGACCCCUCACCAAGAGACACUGAAUCCAACGUUGAGCAUAUGAGAGCUGCUCUGCCAGGGAGCAACGAGAGAGACGGCCAUGAAAGCCAGAAAAACAGCAAUACUACUAAAAGGAUGCGAUCCAAAGAAAACAAAUGCUUCAAGUGUGAUGUUUGUGAGAAGACCUUCAGCCGGAAAAACCUACUGGUACAACACAAGCUAACUCACACAAGACCCUUCAAGUGUGAUGUUUGUGAAAAGACCUUCAGCAGGAAGGGGUCACUGGAAGCUCACAAGCUAAUUCACACACUGGUACAUCAGAUGCUAAUUCACACAGAAGAGAGGCCAUUCACUUGUGGUCAAUGUGGCAAAACAUUCAGAGUGUCCAAGCAGCUCGAACAUCACAUGUUGCGUCACAGAGAAAAAACAUUCAGUUGCAAAGUUUGUGGAAAUGUUUUGUCUACCAAGAAAGAUCUGGAACGACAUCAGCUUGUUCAUGCAGUGGAGAGACCGUUCAAGUGCCUGACUUGUGACAAGGGUUUCACGUCAAGGAAACUGCUUAUCGAGCACGAGAGAAUCCACACCGGUGAAAAACCAUACACCUGUGCUGUAUGUGGAAAGAGUUAUAGACAGCAUGGUGGCCUAAAUAUUCAUAUGCGAAGACAUACAGGUGUACGUCCGCAUUCAUGUUCAGAGUGUGGUAAGGGUUUUAUGACAAGCAGCAGCCUCAAAAACCACAUGGUUGUUCAUACAGGGGAGAAGGCAUUUACAUGUGAGACAUGUGGAGCUGCUUUCGGCCAUAAGGGAAACCUUGUGAGACACCAAGUGCUUCACACAGGGGAGAGACCGUACAAAUGUGAAGUGUGUGGGAAAAGCUACCUUCAGUCCACCGACCUAAAAGCUCACAUGCACCGUCAUGGGGCAACCAAACCAUUUAUGUGUGACCUAUGUGGGAAGACUUUUAUGUACAAUUUUCAAAUGAGACGACACCAUCUAAAAUGGCACACAGCUGAAGGAGAGAAGCAGAGGGUACGAAAGAGAAAAGAGAGAACGAGAACCGCCAGGAGAGCGGGAACCUCAACAAAGCCAUUCAGCUGCGACAUAUGUUUGAACGGCUUCAGCUCCAUGCUAACUCUGAAAAACCAUCAACGAAGUCACACGGGACAAAAGCAAUACUCUUGUUCCAUUUGCGGAAAAACCUUUGCCUAUAAAAAUACUUUUGACUAUCACAUGAGACUUCACAGUGGGGUGAAGCCCUACGCUUGUAAAUACUGUGAAAAGAAAUUUGUUCUUAGGCAAGCUCUAGAAGGACAUGAGCGAACCCAUACAGGUGAAAAGCCCUUCAAAUGCAGUUAUUGUGACAAGACUUUCUCAGUCAACACCAAUCUCAAAAGGCAUGAGCGAGUCCACACGGGAGAGAAGCCAUUCAAAUGUGACGUCUGCGGGAGAGGUUUCAGCCAAGCCAACAACGUCAAAGCCCACAUGCAAGUCCACACUGGAGUUAGGCCUUAUUAUUGCAAGAGAUGUGGAAAGGGCUUUUCUGACAUAAGACACUACAAAAACCAUAGCUGUAAUGGUGUUGCAGCAACAUGUGAUCGGUCUCGUAAAUCUUCAGACCGUUCUUUCAGAAGUAGGAAAGGAGGUGAAGACAGCAGUGCUUGCCAUAAUGCUGCUGUGAUGUCGACUCAGUGAUAUAAUCUCUAUCAUUCAGUGGGGCAACUUCCUGCUUUCAGACAUCAGGAACAACAUGGAUGUAUUCAGUAGGGUGAUAAGUUAUCGGGUGAGUUUCUGGAAAGCCUUGUAGAAAAUUAGAAAACGUUCUUUAGGAAAUUAGAUGAGUGCCUGCUGUAAUGCUUGGAGAUAUUGCUGUAAGUCUUAGGGUCAUUGUUCAUUAGCCCACAUUCUCAUGGACGUGUUUAUUUCUGACUGCUGAAUCAUUUACAAAUUUUUUUUCUUCUAUUGUGUAAAUCAUUAAACACCUAAUUCAUGUGUAAAUAUCAGAACUUCUCAUUUACAUUAUUGUCAGUCGGGUACAUAGGACCGCUAGAUUAGUUAUUCAGGUGAUUGUCCUGAUUGGACAAAAAUCCUUCAUUCUUGUAUUUAUUUUUUUAUACAGUAUAUACGUACACUAAGUGUAUAAAACAUUAAGAACACCCGCUCUGUCCAUAUACAUAGACUGGGUGAAUGGGCAUAUCAAAAAAUGUGUAAGUGCCUUUUAAACGGGUAUGGUGGGGGUGGGCAACGCAAUAUUAGGAAGGUAUUACUAAUGUUUGGUAUACUCACUGUAUAUAUGUUGGCAUUAAAAUGAACCUGAAGACCUUUUUUCCUGGUUUCUAAACUUU